AUGGCUGUUGGCUGUGUCAUCGAGCUGGCUUCCAAAGUGGCCUCAGGAGAGCUGAAGAAUGGAUUUGCUGUUGUGAGGCCCCCAGGCCAUCACGCUGAAGAAUCCACAGCCAUGGGGUUCUGCUUUUUUAAUUCAGUUGCAAUUACCGCCAAAUACUUGAGAGACCAACUAAAUAUAAGCAAGAUAUUGAUUGUAGAUCUGGAUGUUCACCAUGGAAAUGGUACACAGCAGGCCUUUUAUGCUGACCCCAGCAUCCUGUAUAUUUCACUCCAUCGCUAUGAUGAAGGGAACUUUUUCCCUGGCAGUGGAGCCCCAAAUGAGGUUGGAACAGGCCUUGGAGAAGGAUACAAUAUAAAUAUUGCCUGGACAGGUGGCCUUGAUCCCCCCAUGGGAGAUACUGAGUACCUUGAAGCGUUCAGGACUAUAGUGAAGCCUGUGGCCAAAGAGUUUGAUCCGGACAUGGUCCUGGUUUCUGCUGGAUUUGAUGCAUUAGAAGGCCACGCCCCUCCUCUGGGGGGCUACAAAGUGACAGCAAAAUGCUUUGGUCAUUUGACGAAGCAAUUGAUGACACUGGCUGAUGGACAUGUGGUGUUGGCUCUAGAAGGAGGACAUGAUCUCACAGCCAUCUGCGAUGCAUCAGAAGCCUGUGUAAAUGCCCUUCUAGGAAAUGAGCUGGAGCCACUUGCAGAAGAUAUUCUCCAACAAACUCCGAAUAUGAAUGCUGUUAUUUCUUUACAGAAGAUCAUUGAAAUUCAAAGCAAGUACUGGAAGUCGGUAAGGACGGUGAGUGUGCCGAGGGGCUGCGCUCUGGCUGGGGCGCAGUUGCAAGAGGAGACGGAGACCGUUUCUGCCCUGGCCUCCCUGACGGUGGAUGUGGAACAGCCCUUUGCUCGAGAAGACAACAGAACUGCUGGCGAGCCUAUGGAAGAGGAGCCAGCCUUGUGAAGCGCCAAGUCCUCCCCAGCCUUCCCCACCCCCGAUAUUUCCUGUGUGUGACAUCAUUGCAUAUCCCCCCGCCACCCCAGCACCCUCAGACAUGUCUUGUCUGCUGCCUGGGUGGCACAGAUUCCAUGGAACAUAAACACUGGGCACAAAAUUCUGAACAGCAGCUUCACUUGUUCUUUGGAUGGACUUGAAAGGGCAUUAAAGAUUCCUUAAAAGUAACCGCUAUGAUUCUAAAGUUACAGUAAACCACGAUUGGAAGAAACUGCUUCCAGAGUGCUUUUAAUAUGCUGGGUGACCCACUCCCAGGCCCAAAGUAUGAACUAGAAACAUCCAGUACAGCGUUAGAUACUGUUAAUUACAGAUGGUAUGACAGCCAGCGAAAUUUUGGGCAAAACCUGAGAAAUCUCAUUCCUGACAUUCUGAUCAGUUUUUUUAUUGGGAACUUUUUCGUCACACAGUCUUAAAUUGUUUACAGGAUUUGCUUUCAGCUAUGAAAGGAUAGCAAUUCCCGACAGAUCACGGGGGUUUUUUUUGUUUUGUUUUGUUUGUUUUUGGCCUUUGUUUUAACAUAUGGUUCAACUCUUGCUAGGAAGAGUCCAAGAUGGAGGAACGAGGAUGAGGCUUUUUUCAGUGGAAUAAACCACAGUGUAUCUCAAAGUCCAAUGCCAAAGCAACCUCACACAUUUUAUGUAAUGGUGCAAUAUUUUAUAUCACAUUUUUUGAGAAAAAUUACCCUGUUUCCCUAACAUCCCUCUCUGUGUUCUCACACACAGGAGAUUUGCAGUUGAUUUAGGAUGAAGUCUCCUUCCUCCCUCAUACAUCCCUUGCUCUGGUGACAGUAGCUCUGAGCAUAUGUUCCACGGAGGAUUUUCAGUGUCUUUGAAAAGUGCAUAACUUUUCAAAGGCCAUCUUAAUUUGUUCCAAAUCUAUCAAGAACUUAUUCUCUCACUUUUAUUUUUCUGCUUUCCAUCACCUCCUUUCUUCUUGCCUUUCAUCCUUCCUUCCUACAAAAAAAGACGAGGAUUACCCAUAAUCUCCCCAAUUACUCAGGAGCUUUGAGGACUCAGUUUAUUUUCUUGCUUCCCAGGUUAACACAGCUGCUUGGUCUGAUGUGUUCUUUUAGCUGUAAAACCAUUGAGGGCUUAAGCAAUGUUACUGAAUUUUCUAGAUCUUUGAAAUGUGUUAAUGAAGGCAUUGCUUAUUUGAAGUCACCUUGAAUUGAGUUAUCCUUGAAGUUGUGCCUUCAUGUGAAAAAAACAACACGAACUUAACCUUUACACAUGUUGCCUUAGUGUUAAAGGCUAAAAAUAUAGGACAUUUAUUUCUGAGAUUAAAAGCAACUUACUAAAUAUAAGUAGGUUAUCCCCCUACCUCCCCAAAUUCUAUUUCAAUGUAUAACUCAGACACCUAAAGACAUUGAUGUAGAAUACCUCGCAGUAUUUAAUAUCUGACAAUGCUUUCAAAAGAGUUGAUGUUUCUUUUUAUAUAUUUUCCUAACUCAAAGGAUAUAUUAAAGCCAUAAGUGAAGAUUGUCAUGCUUUUAUUCAAAAAUCUGAAAGAAACCUUAAUUAAAACAAGGUUUUAGGGAAGGCCAUGAUAUGAAAGAUAUGGGACAAUAUGGUUUUAGUUAAAGAGGACUCCAACCUGUAAAUCAAAGAUGAAAGAUUUCACUCAAGUAGAAUUAUAUAACUCCCUUUUGUUAUACAGUCAGACCAUAUUUUUCAUGCAUUUGGUUUUUUUAGGAUUACCAUUUUAAUUUUAAAGACUUUUAUUACAUAUACAAAAAUGGCUCAAUACUUGGUUUAACAUCUUAGAAAUUUGAGACACCCUUUGAAAUAGGAAAUCUGAAAUGGAAUGUAACUCAGUAUUAGUUAAAAAAUUACUUUCAUUGCAUAAGGGUAAGGUCAAUCUAGAUUCACAAUAGUAAUGAAUUUUUUCCAUGACAUUUUUAGAGAAAUUCAUGCCAAUCAUAUUUCCUAGCUCUUGUUGUUUUUGCUGUAAUUACUUGAGGAGAUUUUACUUAAAGAAACCAAAGGCUUAAAAACAGAAGACAACCCCCACCCUUUAAAAAGGAAAGCUAUAACAUACGGUAAGUGGAAACAUAAUUGUGACUUUUUAAAAUCAACUUCAUAAUUACAAAUCUCUAUUAUUCCUCUCAGUCCUCCCAGAUAGUUUUUAGAUUUUGAAUAAGAAAAUGAAACAGUAUAAUGCAAACAUACUAAUUUACUGAAGUUUCCUGCAGUUAUUUUACCACAUACUUAGGCAUAGCCAUCAAUCUGAUAAAGCCAAAUCAGUAGGACAUCUCCAAGGUUAUUUAGAUUUAAAAUAUGACACAUUAAUGAGUUAAUCACACAUCCUUCCAAGUGAUAUGGUACCCAAUUGGUUGCAGUUAGAGUCUUUAGGAUACAGAGAGAGACAGAUAAACUAUGGAGAGGAUUAAUCACAGCUGAAUGUAGUUGUAAGAACAGAAUGCCAGCGCUUUUUGAUUAUAUCGUUACAAGAUGUAAUGUAGCCCUCAGGGACAGAAUGGAGGCUUUUGGAGAAUAUCAACACUUCUUUUGAAAUAGAACAGUACUUUUUAAAAGGGUAGUUUCACUUGGUAUAGUUUUCUUCACUUAUACAUUUAAUUUUUAUUGCUCACAAUAGUUCCCUGUAAGAGUCUGUUAGAAAAACUCCUCUUUAGGCAUUACCAAUAAUAUAUCUCUUUCUGAUCCAUGCUUUGAAGGAUAAUCACAUAGGCUUUCUCACAAUCUCAUAAUAACUCAUAUAUGAGGAAUAAAAAUAAAGGUUUUUGAGAAAUCUAUUACUAAACAAUGCCAGGACUUUAAUAAGAUUUGAUAAUAAGUCCAAAAAGAAAACGUAAGAAAAUUUUCUCAAUUAUAUAGUACAAUCUGGGGUUGUAUAUUAAAUUGAAAACCAGACAGUUUUAUUAAAUAAUAAGUAAAAUGGACCUCAAAUGGUAAUAGAGGCUAUUUAAUCAUUGCUUAGUAAAUGAGAACAUUUUGAGAUGAAACAUUUUAAAAUAUUUUAACAAAUUUACAACACCAAUAGUGGAGAUAGAAGUCAGCUUUUGGAGAAAACAGAGAUACUUAUGAAAAACUAUUGUAAAUCGCAUUUCCAUUAUCAAUUGUAGGAACUGAAAUCUUGCCUUUAGUUUUGACUAUAACCCUUUGCAAAAUUCUCCCACACCUCUCACUGGCAACAUGGUAGAUUUAAAAGCAGGACAACAUCUCCUCACAGGAACAUUUCAGAAACUAUAGGGCUGGUCUUGCCCAACAAUUCAGUACUGUCCUAUUUCCAAAGGUCAUUCUCAAAGCUUUGUGGAUUUACUAGGUUUCUUUACAAAUUCCAUAUGGAAGUGAAAUAAAAUGAUCAGUGGAAGUUCUCCUGGGAGAAAAUUUCUCUCCAAUCAGCACUUUUAUACUUAUUUUUUGUCCUAGCAUUUAUGUUUAAGACAAUUUAUUUAAAUAUUUUUUACUGUCGAUCUUUAGAAAGUUUACUCUCACUUUGUCUCAGUGGAAGUAUUAAAUGCCUAAUAACCACAAAAACAAACAAGCCAAAGGUUUCUGUCUUAAAAGUGAUUCAUUCUGAGCUUGAAAUAAUCACUCUGUCAAGAGUUGGACAUUGUCACUUCUAGCAGCAUCUAUCUUAACAUUCUUUUCCUGCUUCAGGAAUGAAAUCACUUGACUUAGAAAAGAGAAGGAAAAAAAAAAAGAAAAGAA